GUAUCUGUCCUUUUUGACGUGUGCACCAACACGUGCGCUAACCUAAAAUGGUAAUGCACCCAAUUUAACAAAAAAGAGAGUGAGAUUACCGAAAAAUGGCCACAAUCAACAUCGACGCCAACAAUUUCGAGCCACGAAAGCCCCCAAAACGGAAAAAUGACUCGAGCGCAAUGGAAGUGGAGACCCACAACGGGAUCGAGGGCAGAGUCCGCAAACAACCCAAACCCAAACGCCUGCGGACGAAAUCCUACUCCGAAAGCAAAGACAACGUGAGGAAAAUCCCCGUCCCCGCCCACAGAUACACCCCCUUGAAGGAAAACUGGUUGAAAAUUUUCACCCCAAUCGUCGAACACCUCAAAUUACAAGUCCGAUUUAACCUGAAGACGCGCAACGUCGAGAUCAAAACGUGCGACGAGACCGACGACAUAGGAAAUUUGCAAAAAGCGGCCGACUUCGUCAAGGCGUUCGUGUACGGCUUCGACGUCGACGACGCCCUCGCCCUGCUCCGUCUGGACGACCUCUUCAUCGAGACCUUCGAAAUCAAGGACGUGAAAACCCUCAAGGGCGACCACCAGUCUCGCGCCAUCGGCAGACUCGCGGGGAAAGGCGGCCGCACGAAAUUCACCAUCGAAAAUGUCACUAAAACGCGGAUAGUUCUGGCCGACAGCAAAAUUCACAUUUUAGGGAGCUACCAAAACAUACAGUUAGCGAGGAGGGCGAUCUGCAACCUAAUUUUGGGUUCGCCGCCCUCCAAAGUGUACGGACAGUUGAGGAACAUAGCGUCUCGAGUGUCAGAAAGAAUGUAAAUUAUUUAUGUUUAAUAUAAAAUUAUACACA